AUGCCAACGAUGAAGGAUCUUUUCACUCCCAUCGAUGAGCUGAAAAGAACGGAGCCGUCGUAUUUUGCAUUUCAUUCUGCCGCACCACCAAGCGCAGCUGCAACGAUGUUCAGUCAGAAAACUCCAGUCAUGGCUCUUGAUGAAGGAUCUCGCCGUGUAUAUGGAACUGCUCCGGAAUAUCAGUUGAUUUCUGAAGAUCCGAACUGUGUUUUCGGCUACACAUGCCGACUAAUGGGUAGUUGCGUGAAGGGAUACGCAAAAACGAAGAAAGCGGCAAAACACGUCGCAGCGCGAGCUAUGCUCCAUGAAAUCGUUAAAAAGGAUCGACACGUUGAAUUUGGAAUACCAGGUCAAACUCAGGAAGAAGCCCAUCGUGCAGUGGAUGGCCUCAUGACUGGUGACGCCCGUACAGAAGUUUCGGGAGAAGAUUCCACUUCUCCGAGUAGUCUGAAUGAAAACUAUUCCGGAAGAUGUCAAAGGAAGAAGCUCGAUUUGCCUCAGUACAGUCAUAAAGAAGAAGGUCCUCCAAAUGACAGAACCUUCAUUACUACGUGUAAGGUAGUUGGCCAAGAAGUAGAGGGAGUUGCGAAAACAAAGAAGGCGUCGAAAAAUAUUGCUUCGAAAGAAAUGCUUGCCAUCUUGGAGAAAGGAAUUGCGGACAUGAACGAAGAACCUGAUCUGGAUCGAGACUGCCUGGUCCAUCGCUCUUUCAAUAUUCCCAAAAUAUGGUAA